AUGGCAGAUGCAAAACAUCAUCAAGCUAAUUAUAAGGGGUGGCUGUAUAAGUGGACGAAUUAUUUGAAAGGCUACCAGAAACGGUGGUUUGUGCUUCAAAAUGGUCUGCUAUCUUACUAUAGAAACCAGGCAGAGAUGGCCCACACCUGCCGGGGCACCAUCAACCUGGCCAAUGCUGUGAUCCACACGGAAGACUCCACCACCAUCGUCAUCAGCAAUGGGGGCACCCAGACAUUUCACCUCAAGGCAGCCACCGAAGUGGAGCGGCAGAAGUGGAUUAUGGCGCUUGAACUGGCUAAAACUGAAGCUAGGAAGAUGGUGGAUGCUGAGAGUGACGAGGAGGAGGUGCAGCAGCCGGACAAGGCGGAGCUGAACAUGAUGCUGCACUCACUGAGUGCCAAGCUGGAGGAUCUCCACACAUGCAAUGAUCUCAUCGCCCGGCACGGCCAGGCCCUGACCAAGACCUUGUCCGAGCUGGAGUCUACCCACAAUCCAGCAGAGGCGUCUGCUAACAUGAAAGCUGUUCAAGAGAGAGCCACGUUGUUCAGAAUUACAGCCAAUGCUAUGAUAAAUGCAUGCAAUGAAUUCCAUGAGCUGUCCCAGACCCAGGGUCGCAGGUGGCAGAAGAUGAUCCAGCAUGAGCACGAGCAGAGGCUGAAGCUGGAAGAGAUGGUGGAGCACCUGGCCAAGAAUGUUGUGUCCUUGGAGAAGAAGGCUCGCAUGUCCAUCAGUGGGAUGCAGAUCCGGGAAACAGAUUCAGAGGAAGAUGAAUUUGUGGAUGCAUUUGAGCAUCAGCUUGAAGACAGAGAGUUGACUGUAGCUCUUCCUCACUCUCCCUCAGACAUGAUGCACAGGCGUACAGACAGCAUGGAGAGCUACCCAGAUGUCUCCAGUGAAUCAGAGUCUGAGGGCAGCAGUAACGAGGCAAGAGUGUACACAACAAAAACUUCACCAAAGAAGCUCUCGCGUGAGCAUCAAAGGACCGGCAGCCUGGACAAGAUCCGUUUGCCAAAGUCAGUUUCCUCAGAUUCCCACGGCUCAGAUUGCUCACUGAGCUCCCGCAGGAAGAGACGCAAGCGCAUCCCGGACAAGCCCAACAUCAGCCUCAACUUGUGGAGCUUCAUGAAGAAUGCAAUUGGGAAGGAGCUGUCCAAGAUUCCGAUGCCAGUGAACUUCAACGAGCCGCUGUCGAUGCUGCAGAGGAUCAUGGAGGAGAUGGAGUAUGCCGAGAUCCUUGACCACGCUGCCAGGUGUGGGGACUCGGCCGAGCAGAUGGCCUGGGUGGCUGCCUUCACGGUGUCUGCCUAUGCCACCACUCUCUUCAGGGUGGGCAAACCCUUCAAUCCGCUGCUGGGGGAGACCUUUGAGUUUGACAGAAUGGAAGACCUUGGGUGGAAAGGUAUCUCUGAGCAGGUCUCCCAUCACCCUCCCAUGCUGGCCAUGCACAUCGAUGGUAGGGAGUGGAGCACCUGGCAGGAGUUCACCAUGACAACCAAGUUCCGCGGCAGAUAUCUUCAGAUUAUUCCCAUGGGUAUUGCCCACCUGGUGUUUCACAAGUCAGGUCACCAUUACACCUGGCGCAAGGUGACCACAACAGUCAACAACAUCAUCGUGGGCAAGCUGUGGGUGGACAACCACGGGGAGAUGGACAUCACCAACCACCUCAACGGGGACAAGUGCCACCUCAAGUACUCCGCCUACAGCUACUUCUCCCGGGAGAACCCCAGGAAG